AUGAAUGAAAAACAUUUUGCUCACAUUUCCUCUAGGGUCGAAAGUGCUUCCAAGAAACUUGAUUUGGCACAUCUUGAAUUGUACAAUGACCGAGAAAAUCUUCAUCUUAAAUGUGAAGUGGUUCGUUUGAGAAAAGAGGAAAAUACUCUUUGUGAGGCGGAAAGGAGUUCCUAUUAUCAAAAAGCAAAGUGUGUGCAUUUGAAGAAUAGUGACAAAUGUACUAAGUAUUUUUAUUCUUUGCCCAAGAGGAAUGUCAAGAGGAAUUUCAUCCCGGCUAUACUUAAGAGAGACGGGUUUUAUUCUACCUCUCUUGAGGAGGUUGGCACCGAAUUCACGCAUUUCUAUAGUGAAUUAUUGGGGAGAAAAACUGUUGGACAGCAUGCUAGUGUGGAUGUUAUAAGAAAUGGACCAAUGUUGUCGGAGGAAAAUGCUUCUUUACUUGUUCGGGAUUUUACGAGGCCUAUUGCAUGUUGCAACGUUUUUUACAAGGUAAUUACUAAGAUACUUGCCUCUCGAUUGAAGCCUAUGCUUGACUCUAUUGUGGACCAAGCUCAAUCCGCAUUUGUUGAGGGUCGGAGUAUGAUUGAAAAUAUUCACUUGGCACAAGAACUUUUGAGACAAUAUAACCGUAAGAGGGUUGCUCCACGGUGCCUCCUCAAAAUUGAUCUUACUAAGGCCUUUGAUUCGGUGAAUUGA